AGGAGAACAAGACCUGUAGCUUUGGAUGACCAUGUGUAAUAACAGUCUUAAUAGAAGGUUGUAUUAGUUAUAACUGUCUUAACAGAAUGUCGUUGUGUUAGGAAUGACUGUUAAGAGAUUGAUUAGAAGAUUGUUAGGACAAGUAAAUGGGGGCUAUAAAAUAGCAAACAGGGCACGAUUGUAUAAUAAGAAAAUUGCUAAUCCUUUUCUCUCUCCUUCUUCCUAGUUCAAUUCUUGUUCUUGUCUUCUUGGUUUCUAAAAUUUGGUGUUUCUUAGCGAUUCAUCAGUAGCGCAUGGAGAGCGCUUGGACUCCCUUCAAUCCAGUGUUAUGGAACAACAGAAAGCCAUGUCUGAACUAAUUCUUCGAGUUUCUUCGAUGGAUGGGCGAUUAGAGCAAGCUUUCCACAUGACCACUUCGUCUCCUUCGCAAGAUUUUCAUUCUGAUUAUCCCAACGAUCAUCAUCCGCCUGGAUCUCAAGUUUCUUCAUGGCUUAAUCAAUUCCGGACAUGCACGAUACAUCUAGAUUUUCCUCGAUUUGAUGGCGAGGAUCCGUUGGGUUGGAUCUUCAAGGAAGAACGAUUCUUUGAUUAUCACCAUACAGCAGAUGAUCAAAGACUUCUUAUAUCUUAGUUCCAUAUUGAUGGCAAGGCGCUACAGUGGUUUCAGUGGAUGAGCCGCAAUGGCCAAUUCGACACUUGGCCGGUGUUCACAAAGGCUUUGGAACUCUGUUUUGGUCCGUCGGAAUUUGAAGACCACCAAGGUGCUCUAGUUAAUUUGAUGCAGACAUCAUCAGUUUCAGAGUACCAAUCGCAGUUUGAAGCCCUAGCCAAUCGUACAAUCGAUAUCUCACCCACCUUCUUGAUCAGUUGUUUGGUCUCUGGUCUGCGAUUGGACAUCCGAAGUGAGGUAUUAGCUUUGAGGCCUACAUCUAUGGCCCAAGCUAUUGGAUUAGCACGAUUACAAAAGGCCAAGAUUCAAGAAUCUAGGCGUUCAUUCUUAAAACCCAAUCAGGUCAGAAGUCUGAUUCUUCCUAGCCCUAACCCCAAUUUUCUGAUCAACUCACAACCUCAUCGCAUUCCUAUUAAAUGUCCUCCUUCGGCUGAGAUGCAAGUUCGAAGAGACAAAGGGCUCUGUUACAACUGCAUGAGAAAUUUGCACCAGGUCAUCGAUGCAAAUGUCGUCAAUUUUUCUUGCUCACUGAUGAUGAUGACGAUGAGUUACAGUUUCAAGAUUCAAGGAUUGAUAACACGCCGGCUAGCCCAAUGGAUUCUACGAUGGCUGAUUCUUCUCCCCAUUCUGAAAUUUCCUAUCAAGAUAUGGCUGGUCAUAGGUCUCCUAUGACUCUUCGUCUAACAGGGUACAUAGCUGGUUCUUCCAUUCAGAUUUUGGUGGAUGGGUGUAGUACUCAUAAUUUUGUACAGAGCAGAGUCGCAAGGCAUCUUGGUUUGGCUAUUGAAGCUGCACCUACUAUCACUGUUUUGGUCGGUAAUGGGGAUCGAUUGUCCAGUGAAGGUAUCGUCAAGAAAUUACCAGUUCGGAUCCUUAACCAUUUAAUUACUAUUGAUCUUUUAGUUCUUCCAAUUUUUGGUGUGGACAUGGUUUUGGGGUUUCAAUGGUUAGCACAAUUGGGUCCUAUGUUGUUCUAUUACGGUAGACUGUCUUUAGAGUUCAUGGAUGGUGACACAAAGAUUCAGUUAUUGGGUGAACUUUCACCAUCUUCUCCUCAAAUGGGGUACCAUGCUGUCCGUCGCCUUGCUGUUACUGGGUCUUAUGAAGCCUUAUUUCAAUUGGAAAUUCAGUCAAUUCCCAAGCCAACUUCUGUUUGUGAAAAUGCCGAACUGAAUGAUCUACUUCAAUCUUACAGUUCUGUCUUUGAUUUUCCAUCUGGGUUACCUCCUUCCCUUGUUCAAGACCAUUCAAAUCAUCUACAACCUGGGUCCGAACCGGCCCUUAAUGCUAUCACGGUGUGAGACCGUUUCCCUAUUCCAAUAGUGGAUGAGCUCCUCGAUGAACUCCAUGGUGCCAGGUUCUUUUCCAAACUGGAUCUUCGUGCAGGAUAUCACCAAAUCAGAGUUCGAUCAUCAGAUGUCCAUAAGACAGCAUUUCGCACCCACGAUGGCCAUUUUGAAUUUCUGGUCAUGUCGUUCGGUCUCACAAACGCUCCUUCCACCUUCCAAGCCACUAUGAAUUCUCUGUUUUGGCCAUUCUUACGUAAGUUUGUUCUUAUUUUCUUUGAUGAUGUGUUGGUCUACAGUAAGUCCUGGACUACCCAUCUAACCCAUUUAAAAGAAGUCUUGCAUGUUUUGGGCCACCAUGCAUUCUAUGCUAAAAGAUCAAAGUGUUCUUUUGGGCAAUCAUCGAUUGAGUACUUAGGCCAUAUAGUUUCAGCUCAAGGGAUCGAAAUGGAUAAGAAUAAAAUUUCUGCAAUGUUAGAAUGGCCUAUUCCUCGAUCACUUAAAGCCUAGCGGGGAUUCUUAGGUCUUACCGCUUACUAUAGGCGUUUUAUGAGAAACUAUGCCAGCAUUGCUGCUCCUAAACAGAACUUCUUAAGAAAGGUGCUUUUACUUGGUCUACUACUGCUCAAGAGGCCUUUGAAAAGUUACAACAGGCCAUGACGAAAGCUCCAGUUUUGGCUCUGCCAAAUUUUUCGAUACCAUUUAUGGUUGAAAUUGACCUUUUCGGGUUUGGUAUUGGUGCUAUACUGUCACAAGACAACCACCCCAUUGCAGGAAAUAAUCCAAUAAAAUGCAAGUAGCUUCCACCUAUGUUCGUGAAAUGUAUGCUAUUACGGAGGCGGUUGUUAAGUGGCAUCAAUAUUUGCUUGGUCAAAAAUUUUAUAUUCAAACUGAUCAAAUAAGUUUGAAAGGGUUAAGCAUACAAUCCAAACUCCAGAACAACAACAGUGGUUCUCAAAACUUUUGGGCUUUGUUUUUGGGAUCUCAAAUUGACCCGCAAAGAAAAUGUGGUGGCUGAUACUCUCUCUCAUGCACCUCUAGAGUUUAUGGGCUUCCUUCCAUUUUCAACUCCAUCAUUUGAUUUUUUGGCUCAGCUACGUUCAGAAGUCCUCUCAAGCUCUGAACUUCAAGAUAUUUGCACUGGCUUCGCAACUGACCUCUCUUCUUAUCAUGUGUAUUUUUCCAUGAUGGCUUACUGUACUACAAAAAUCGAUUGGUGCUAGUAGCUGAUUCCUUCCUCCGCGAUAUGUUUCUUCAAGAAUUUCAUUCCUCUCCUACUGGGGGGCAUCCUGGUUUUCUACGCACAUAUGCUCGCAUAACAGCAAAUGUUUUUUAAAUGUUUUUUGGAAAGGCAUGCGGUCUUAUGUCACACAAUUUGUUGCCCAUUGCUCAAUUUGCCAGCAGAUUAAAUCUUUGAACACAUCUCCAGCGGGUCUCUUACAACCUCUGCCCAUUCCAGAGCGUGUUUGGGAAGAUAUUGCUAUGGAUUUCAUAACGGGUCUCCCGAAUUCAGGUGGUAAGACUGCGAUUUUUGUGGUUGUCGAUCGAUUGACCAAAUAUGGUCAUUUUAGUGCUCUGCCUAGUAAUUUCACUAGUCAUAAAGUGGCAGCAGUGUUUGCAUCCGAUAUUGUGCGGCUUCAUGGUCUCCCACGCUCCAUUGUCAGUGAUAGUGAUCCAUGGUUUCUUAGUACCUUUUGGAAAGAGCUAUUCAGACUUCAAGGCACCACACUUUCCAUGAGUAGUGCCUAUCAGGGUGAACGACUCAGGGAUUGAAGGCAACUUCUCAAUCUGCCCCCGGCAGCUGAUAUUAGGUCUUUGAACGGCAUGGUGCCCCCGGUUGGUUCCCGAUUGAGUGGACUUAGGGCAUGAAGGGUUGUGGUGUCGCUGGAAAGAGUGGAAAGACAAGGAAAAGACAAGGAAAUGAUCAUUAUUCCUCUUCUAUAAAUAUCCAAAUUUUGAUGCCUAAUACCCUAUUGAUAGUUCGAACGGUAUAGGAACAAUAAUCAAGUUUAGCUUGAAUGGUUUGUAGGGGAACCCUGCAAUUCCAAAUAUCUUAUUUGAUUAUUUCAAUUUAAUUUUAAUUGGAAUUCCUUUAUAUAUAGGUUUUUAGUCUAGAAAUUUUUUUAUUUGUAUGAAAACAAGAGAGUUUUCCCCCAGUCAUAUGGCCAGACAGAGGCGUUAAAUCGUUGUUUAGAAAUGUAUUUGAGGAGUUUUGUUUUAGACGAACCCAAUCAAUGGGUCAAAUUUUUGUCGUGGGUUGAGUAUUGGUAUAAUACGUCUUUCCAUACGGCAGCGAGCAUGACACCUUUUCAAGCUUUGUAUGGUCGCCCCCCACCUAGUAUUGUACACUACAUCCUGGGUUCAUUCCUCAAUGAGACUGUCGACCAAGAUCUUCAAACCAGAGAUGGUGUCUUGCAACGGCUCAAACGCGAAUGAAAAAUCAGGCGGAUAAACACAAGGUGGACAAACAAUUUGAGCCAGGUGAUUGGGUAUUUGUUAAACUACAGCCUUAUCACCAACAGUCUGUUGCUUUGCAGCUCAAUCAGAAACUUGGUCGACGUUUUUUUGGGCCAGUCAAAGUGCUGGAACGAGUGGGGAAGGUAGCAUAUAAACUUGAGUUGCCAGAGACUCUACGUAUUUAUCCUGUAUUUCACAUUUCCAUCCUCAAGAAAUGUGUGGGUAAUUCGGUGAAUCAAACGGUUCCAUUACCACUUGUGCAAUCUGCUGGUGACAUUGUUGCUCAACCGAUUUCUGUUCUGAACUACAGUCAUCUUCGGCGGCAAGGCAAUUGGGUUCCUCAGGCAUUGUUACAGUGGGAGGGACUUCCAUUGGAGGAGGCUUCUUGGGAGGGUGUCCUUGUUUUGCGCCAGUUGUUUCCCCACUUGAACCUUGAGGACAAGGUUUUUUGUGAAGAGGACGGUAAUGUUGUGAACACAGCAGCAGCUGUACGCAGGAGUGAUAGGAGGAGAACAAGACCUGUAGCUUUGGAUGACUAUGUGUAAUAACAGUCUUAACAGAAGGUUGUAUUAGUUAUAACUGUCUUAACAUAAUGUCGUUGUGUUAGGAUUGACUGUUAAGAGAUUGAUUAGAAGAUUGUUAGGACAA